AUGCCAGAAUCAACAAAACAUUCUCAUCUUUCAAUAGAUCAUGAAGAUAUGCAACAACCACCAAAAGGAUUUUUUGAAAGAUCAAAACAUUCAACAAUUUUAAAAGAUUUUACAAAUUAUCAAAAAUUAUAUAAUCAAUCUAUAGAAAAUCCAAAUGAAUUUUUUGGUCAACAAGCUAAAGAAAAUUUAGAUUGGUUUAAACCUUUUGAUUUAGCAAGAUAUCCUGAAUCUUCAAUUGAUGAUUUUAAAAAUGGUGAUUUACCUGCUUGGUUUAUAAAUGGUGAAAUUAAUGCUUGUUAUAAUGCUGUUGAUAGAUGGGCUAUUAAAAAUCCAAAUAAACCUGCUAUUAUAUUUGAAGCUGAUGAAAUUAAUCAAGGUAGAAUUAUUACUUAUGGAGAAUUAUUAAAAGAAGUUAGUAAAAUGUCUCAAUCAUUAAUUAAUUUGGGAGUUAAAAAGGGAGAUUCUGUUGCUGUUUAUUUACCAAUGAUUCCUGAAGCUAUUAUUACUUUAUUAUCAAUUGUUAGAAUUGGUGCUAUUCAUUCUGUUGUAUUUGCAGGAUUUUCAAGUGCUUCAUUAAGAGAUAGAAUUUUAGAUGCUAAUUCAAAAAUUGUUAUUACUGCUGAUGAAUCUAAAAGAGGUGGUAAAACUGUUGAAACUAAAAAAAUUGUUGAUGAUGCUUUAAAAGAAUGUCCAGAUGUUAAAAAUGUUAUUGUAUUUAAAAGAACUGGUAAUUCUCAUGUUCCAUUUACUAAAAAUAGAGAUUUAUGGUGGCAUGAAGAAAUGGCUAAAUAUGGUUCGUAUUAUCCACCAACUCCAGUUAAUUCAGAAGAUCCAUUAUUUUUAUUAUAUACUUCAGGUUCAACUGGUAAACCAAAAGGUGUUCAACAUACUACUGCUGGUUAUUUAUUAGGUGCUAUGUUAACUACUAAAUAUGUAUUUGAUGUUCAUGAAGAUGAUAUUUUAUUUACUGCAGGUGAUAUUGGUUGGAUUACUGGUCAUACUUAUUGUGUUUAUGGUCCAUUAUUAAAUGGUGCAACAACUGUUGUUUUUGAAGGUACUCCAGCCUAUCCAAAUUUCUCAAGAUAUUGGGAAAUCGUUGAUAAAUAUAAAGUUAAUCAAUUUUAUGUUGCUCCAACUGCUUUAAGAUUAUUAAAAAGAGCUGGUACUAAAUAUGUUGAAAAUUUUGAUUUAAGUUCUUUAAGAGUUUUAGGUUCUGUUGGUGAACCAAUUGCUGCUGAAGUUUGGCAUUGGUAUAAUGAUAAUAUUGGUAGAGGUAAAGCUCAUAUUGUUGAUACUUAUUGGCAAACUGAAUCUGGUUCUCAUUUAUUAACUCCAUUAGCUGGUAUUACUCCAACUAAACCAGGUUCUGCUUCAUUACCAUUUUUUGGUGUUGAACCAAAAAUUUUAGAUCCAACUACUGGUGAAGAAUUAAAAGGUAAUGAUGUUGAAGGUGUUUUAGCUAUUAAAUCAGCUUGGCCAUCAAUUACAAGAGGUAUUUAUCAUGAUUAUGCUAGAUUUAUUGAUACUUAUUUAAAACCAUAUCCAAAUCAUUAUUUCACUGGUGAUGGUGCAGCAAGAGAUUUAGAUGGAUUUUAUUGGAUUUUAGGUAGAGUUGAUGAUGUUGUUAAUGUUAGUGGUCAUAGAUUAUCUACAGCAGAAAUUGAAGCUGCUCUUAUUGAACAUCCAUUAGUUGCUGAAAGUGCUGUUGUUGGUUAUGCUGAUGAUUUAACUGGUCAAGCUGUUGCUGCUUAUGUUUCAUUAAAGAAAUCUACUAAUGGAUCAAGUAAUGGUCAUAGUAAUGGACAUUCAAAUGGAUCAGGAUUAUCUACAUCAACAGAUGAUUUAGAUGCUAUUAAAAAGGAAAUGAUUUUAACUGUAAGAAAAGAAAUUGGACCAUUUGCAGCACCAAAAUUAAUCUUGUUAAUUGAUGAUUUACCAAAAACAAGAUCAGGUAAAAUUAUGAGAAGAAUUUUAAGAAAAGUAUUAGCUGGUGAAGAAGAUCAAUUAGGUGAUAUAAGUACUUUAUCGAAUCCUCAAGUUGUUAAACAAAUUAUUGAUGUUGUUCAUGAAGCUUUUAAAAAAUAA